CGCGCAGCCCGCAGCCAAGGGCGGAUCCCGGGCAGGACACGCGGCGGCAGCAUCUCCGGGGCAAGAUGCCGGAGCAGAGCAACGACUACCGGGUGGUGGUGUUCGGCGCCGGCGGCGUGGGCAAGAGCUCGCUGGUGCUGCGCUUCGUGAAGGGGACCUUCCGGGACACCUACAUCCCCACCAUCGAGGACACCUACCGCCAGGUCAUCAGCUGCGACAAGAGCGUCUGUACCCUGCAGAUCACCGACACCACGGGCAGCCACCAGUUCCCGGCCAUGCAGCGCCUCUCCAUCUCCAAGGGCCAUGCCUUCAUCCUCGUCUUCUCCGUCACCAGCAAGCAGUCCCUGGAGGAGCUGAAGCCCAUCUACCAGCAGAUCGUGCAGAUCAAGGGCAGCGUGGAGAGCAUCCCCAUCAUGCUGGUGGGCAACAAGUGCGACGAGACGCAGCGGGAGGUGGAGAGCCGGGAGGGGGAGGCCAUGGCCAAGGAGUGGAAAUGCGCCUUCAUGGAGACCUCGGCCAAGAUGAACUACAACGUCAAGGAGCUCUUCCAGGAGCUGCUGAACCUGGAGAAGAGGAGGAACGUGAGCCUCACCAUCGACGGGAAGCGCUCCAGCAAGCAGAAGAGGACAGACAAAAUCAAGGGGAAGUGCAGCAUCAUGUAGAGCCCCGGACUGGCCCGCACCCCCCUCUGGUCCCCCCCUCUCCCCCCCCACGGCUGGACGUGGCAUCGCAGCGGGGCCGUCCCCUCGUCCUCCGUGCCAUCACUGUGACUGUGCGGGGACGCCGCGGCGCACCGGCGGCGUGGGCUGCGCUCGCCCCAGGUCUGGGGGCGAAGACGGGGCGUCCCACCGAGCUGAGGGAUGCUCGACCGCCCCGCACCCGGCACAACGGGACCGGGGACACGCGGCCGGGCACCGCCGGGGAGCACACGGACGCACGCACCCCCACCCACACGCUCUGCGGCACAACCGGCGGCACCGGCCGGUCCCCGUCCCCGUCCCCUCCCCGGCGGGGGAGCCCACGUCGGUCCUCGUGGGUGGGAAGGACGGUGCAACGUGGGGGUGUCGGUGUCACCCUUGGGGACAGUCACACGCGU